GUUCUCGCUCCUCUGCUUUGCAUCCACUCAUACCGACUGACUCUGCGCAUCAUAUCGUGAGUAUGAGACGAGGAACAAAGCGAUUGAGCACACAUUGGCGUGGCCAACGGGCGGUACCCUUGAGCCAGGCUGGCAGAACAGUCGGGUGAACGGCCGUUGCGAUAUCGCCAUCCGCUGCUGCGCGUACAUCCAGAUGGUGGCCAGGGGGACGGUCUCACUCUGGCCAUUUACGAGCAGCGCUGAGCCCAACUCAAUGGCAGCUCGUCCAAUAUCGCUCGACGGGGCAGGAGCACGUUUGACUCGCCAGCCGCGAUGGAUUCUCUUUCGCCUACAGGAAGGCCAUCGUCACGCUAACCUCUUCAUCCUCCCUCUCGCCCAGCAAUAUGCUUUCCGCCAUCCGAUCCUCCUUGGCGCCUCGCCAGGCCGUCAACAUGGCUGCUCGAUCCUUCAGCACCACCCCCUCUGCUAGCGACUUCGCCCGCAUGCAACUCCUGGGUCGCCUCGUCGCAGACCCCGAGGUCCGCACUACCCGCUCGGGCAAGGAGUAUGUCCGCUACACCCUCGCUACAAACGACCCCGCCGGCCCUCCCGGCGAAGACGGGGAGCGUGGGCCCGACACGUCUAGCUUUCACUCCAUCUUUGGGUUUGGCGAGCAAGCCGUUCAGCGUCUCACGGCCAUUCCCAAGGGCACCUUGAUGCAGGUUGAGGCUGAUUUCAGGAUCCAGCGCAACCCUGGAGAGGACGGUAGCCCGGCGAGCUCAUCGUACCUGGUGCAGCACAGGAGCUGCCACGUUGUGCUGAAGCCCAAGGGCGAGAGGGAGGGGCAGUGAGCGUGACGUGCGCUCGAUGGACCGCGGAGGGUGUGAAGGCAGGCGGAAGGCAGGCAGGCAUGGUAGGCUUGAUGCUGAUGCGAUGUUAUUGGCAGGACAUACCGACAAUUCGAUCCACUGCUUCAUCUCGUCCCCCGCUCGAUUAAAAGAAGUGACUGGCCUGCGUCAUAGGCAGCUUCGUCGCUGCCUCGACGGUGCAUAUCCUCCCGUCCGCCUUCACCUCAUACGUCUCCGGAUCGACCUCGAUCUUCGGCAGAGCUGUAUUGAGCUUCAUAUCCCUCUUCGUGAUUCCUCUACACCCUCUUACCGCUUCCACCCGUUUGUUGAGUCCGUAGGCCCCCACGA